CCGGAAGGAAAACUCUAACAAAUACUAACAUCGUCAUGACAAAUAUCUGUCCAGUGGUUCUUUUGAUAGAUUGAAGCACAGGGGAGCGAUGGAAGGUCCGAGCAAUGGUGGAUUGUUGUAUCAUGAAGUUCAGGAGUCGAAGCUAUGCGCCGUACAUUGUGUCAACACGGUGUUGCAAGGUCCUUUCUUCUCCGAGUUCGAUUUGGCAGCUCUCGCUUCCGAUCUCGAUCGUAAGGAGCGACAGAUGAUGCUUGAAGGUGGUGUCGUGUCUGACGAUUUCCUUCGCUUUGAUUCAGAGGAGUCCCAUAAUGUUUCCAUGGAUGGCGACUUCAGCAUCCAGGUUCUACAGAAGGCUUUGGAAGUGUGGGACCUGCAAGUCAUCCCUCUUGACUGCCCUGUAGCUGAGCCUGCCCAAAUUGACCCAGAGCUAGAAAAUGCAUUCAUCUGUCACCUGCAGGAUCAUUGGUUUUGCAUCAGGAAAGUAAAUGGAGAGUGGUAUAACUUUGACAGUCUCUAUGUCGCUCCUCAGCACCUUUCAAAGUUCUAUCUUUCAGCUUAUCUCGACUCACUAAAAGGCUCUGGUUGGAGCAUUUUCCUGGUGAGGGGAAACUUCCCUAAGGAGUGUCCCAUCUCAUUGUCUGAAGCUUCUAAUGGUUUUGGGCAAUGGCUUUCACCUGAAGAUGCCCAGAGGAUGACUAAAUCUUGCAAUGCGACGCAACCUGAUCCUCCUCAUAGAACCAACUUGCCCCAACAGAACUUGGAUCCUGAUCUGCCAUUUAGGGAAGAGGAAGAAGCCCUAUAUGACAUGGAAGAUGAAGAUUUGAAGGCUGCCAUCGCUGCCAGUUUGAUGGAUUCAAAUCUGACAAGUGCUGGGACAACCACUACUGAAGAUGAAAGUCAAUGCAACAGAUGAGAAUGCACUGAAGAUGGAAUUUUUUAACUCGGAGAGCCCAUUAGUUGAUCAAUCGAUGAUGAUUUCAACUC